AUCUAAAGAGCAUUAAAAACUCUCUCCGACAAGACAUGCUUUCCACCAUUUUUCUUUCAUCAAAUCUUUCUUGUUCCCUUCUCUCUCUCUCUCUCUUCCAAAAAUCUCUCCUUUAUCCCCGCAAAGAACCAAAAUAAUAAAAAAAAAACUCACUCUUUCUUCGAUUCAUCACACUCGACUAAUGUCGCCGGCAACAGAACAUAACGGCUCGUUCCUCAGCCGACUCAGCUUCCGCCGCAACCAGAUCGUCUCAAUGGACGUCAACCACGAGCAACAGCUCCAAGAACUCGAGUAUUUCAAGAACCACGUCUCCGAGCGUUUCUCGGAGUUCAUCUCUCCAUCGCCGCCGUCGGAUCCAAUUCUCUCGAUCCCCUGGCUACGGAACCUCCUCCACGUUUUCAUCUCCUGCGAAACGGAGUUCAAAGAAGUCCUCCCGACCAUGGCUCAGAUCUCGAAAACGCCGUCGCUGGAGAAGGUUUUGUCGGAAAUGCUCGAUCGGAUCUUAAAGUCGCUCGAUAUCUGUAACGCCGUCGUUAACGGCAUCGAAUCCGUUAAACAGAGCCGGCGUCUUGCGGAGAUAGCCGUAACGGCGCUUAAACAACGGCCGUUAUGUAGCGGGAGCGUUCGCAGAGCUAAACGCGCGUUAACAAGCCUCCUCGUUAGCUUAAACGCCGAUGUGAAAGAUAGGAGCAGUGGUGGUGGAAGUAGUAGACGGAGGACAACCUCGCGGUCGUGGUCGUUUGGACAGCGGAGCAGCAACGUCAGCAAGAAUUGGUCUGCAGCCAAGCAGAUUCAAGCGAUGGUGGCUAAUCUUGUGCUCCCACGUGGAGCAGAAGCGAUGCCGGUUUACAUAAUGAGCAGUGUUAUGGUUUUGGUGAUGUGGGUGCUUGUUGCUGCGGUUCCUUGCCAGACAAGCAGCGUUCCUGUGGCGCCGUUGCAGCUUCCUAAGCAUCAGAGCUGGGCUAGCAAUGCUGUGAAUGUUCAGGAGAGGGUUGGUGAAGAGGUGAAAGGGAAGGAGAAGCGUGGGGGUGGGUUGAUGGAGGAGAUGCAUAGGAUGGAGGGUGUUGGGUUGUCUUUGAUGGAGUUCACGGAGAGGUUCAGGUUUCCGGGAGAGGAAGAGGAAGAGGUUGAGGAGAAGGUUGAUGAGAUGGAUGAGAUUUGUCGGAGAAUGGAAGUGGAAUUGGAGGAUUUGCAGAGACAAGUGAGGGCAGUGUUCCAAAGAUUGGUGAGAAUCAGACAUGAGAUUGUUUCUGUGCUUGAUCUAAAUCUGUAAAUCUUCAAUAACAACAUUAAUAUUUUUAUCUUUUUUUUUUUCUAGAUAAGACUAAUCUUUGAAAGAUGUGUAUAAGCUACAAUUCGUAUACAUAUGCACCAUGUUUGGUUUCUGGUAUAUGAAAACUGCAAAAUUAUAUUGACUAGAGAUUAAUAGAUUCAUAGUGUCCU